AUGUUAUAUUAUUUUUUAGAAUCUUUAAUUUACAAGGUAAUACCUAAGGGAAAAAAGGAUGUCACUGGAGAGAUUGUACUUAUAACAGGAGCUGGAAGUGGAAUUGGGAGGUUAAUGGCCAUAAAAUUUGCCAGCCUUGGAGCCAUUGUAGUUCUAUGGGACAUUAAUGAAGAAGGAAAUAUGGAAACGUGUAGACUGGCCAAACAAAAAGGUGAUGAGAAAGUAUUUGCCUAUAAGUGUGACUGUAGCAACAGGCAAGAGGUCUACAAAGUUGCUGAUCAGGUUAAGGAAGAAGUUGGAGAUGUGACCCUCCUCAUUAAUAAUGCUGGAGUUGUGACAGGAAAAUUGUUUCUCAACACUUCCGAUGAUAUGCUGGAAAGGUCAUUUCAUGUAAAUGCCUUAGCUCAUAUUUGGACUUAUAAGGCCUUCCUUCCUGCCAUGUUGAAAGCUAACCAUGGUCACUUGGUUUGUAUUGCAAGUAUAGCAGGGUUACUUGGUGUUAGUGGACUCUCAGACUAUUGUUCAAGCAAAUAUGCAGCUGUUGGCUUUGCAGAGUCUCUCUUCUUUGAAUUAAGACUAGUACUGAAAAGUAACAUUAAAACCACUAUUAUUUGCUCAUCUUUCAUCAAAACUGGAAUGUUUGAUGGUCACACUCCCAAUUCUGGGUGUCCCUCCACAGUUCCAACUGUGGAACCAGAAUAUGCAGUCAGAGAGCUAGUGGAUGCUAUCCUGCAAGAAAAAGUGUAG